AUGACCAAGUUGCGACGUGGCGAUACUGGCGAUGCCGGCGAAACGUCUGGGAAUGUACCACGUCCACGGUCCUACUCUGGAAACGAUGCUGCAGACAAUGGACCCCGGACUAGGUGCGUUCCAAUAAGUCUUUCUACCAAUAUGACCAGUUUCGAAAACAGCAUACAAUGGACUCCGGACUAG